AUGCCCGAUGACACUGCGUUGCUCCUCGCAUCUGAAUCUCGAUCAGUCAUGCGAUUAGAGAUAGGUCGAGAUCUCGACAACCGCAAGUAUGCACCUCCAUCAUCUCGGUGCAAGUUCCAGCACCGGGAUCGGAGCUCCGAGCGGUCAAGACGGUAA